CAGCACAACAAACGCACAACACAAGGAGAAACUUGGUGUCCAGGGGAGGCCCCCGGCGGCUGGAGCGCGGCGGCGGCGGGCGCAGAGGCCGGAGGGAGAGGAGGCGAGGGGCGGCCCGAGCGCGGGGCGGGAGCGAGGCCAGCGGUCAUGUGCCCGUGCCCCCUGCACCGCGGCCGCGGCCCCCCGGCCGUUUGCGCCUGCAGCGCGGGUCGCCUGGGGCUGCGCUCGUCCGCCGCGCAGCUCACCGCCGCCCGGCUCAAGGCGCUCGGCGACGAGCUGCACCAGCGCACCAUGUGGCGGCGCCGCGCGCGGAGCCGGAGGGCGCCGGCGCCCGGCGCGCUCCCCACCUACUGGCCCUGGCUGUGCGCGGCCGCGCAGGUGGCGGCGCUGGCGGCCUGGCUGCUCGGCAGGCGGAACUUGUAGGAACGCGGGGCUUCUUGGUGGGGCCGGAGCCGAGACCCAGCCGGAGCGAGCAACAGUUGGAGAGGCCGGGGGCUCCCGCGACUGAAUGGGGCCAGGCUGAGGCUGCCCAAUCCCAGGAACGGGAAGAACACUUUGGAUGGAUCUCGUGGAGCAGAAAAAGGAAGUUGAGCGACAGACGCGAAGCCCAAAGCGUGGAAUUUGGGAAGAGGCAGAAAGAAAAGUUGGUGAAAACCCUGUGUCCUUGGAGAAAGCUGGUUCCCGUUUUCCAGAGGGGGAGCCCAGAGCUUGAAAGGCCGCGGUUGGCACUUCGAGAAGGAAGUGGAGAGUAAAGACAGCGCCUGGAGCGAUCGUAGAAACACAGAAUGGGACUGGGGAAGCCCUUUGGAAAUCCAGCUGCAGAAAAAGACACCCCAAUGCUAUUUACAUACAGCUCUAUAUAUAUAAAAAAAAGAAAAUAUGAAUAUUACGUUAUCAGUGCAUGCCUUGUUGAGGACGUGGUCGCCUUCCUUUUCUGCACCUUGCGAUGUGAACUUUGAUAUUCUGUAAUGUCUGGGGCGCCAGAAAAGAGAUGCCUGUUGUGUACUUAGAAACUAUUUUCGAAGACUGGUGGGAAUUAGCCCCAGCAUCGGCCAACUCCCUGGGGAUAGAUGUUGGUGGAAUGAGAGGUAACAGUGCAAAAGGCAUGAUAGAAAGAAAAAAAAAAAAAGUGAGGACUUGGGGCCAGCGUGUAGGAGAAGUCUGGGAUGCCUCCAUUUCUUGACAUGUCCUAGCCUCUCCCUCCGUACUGUCCUUGGUCGAUCGCUAGAUCCCACUGUGAUGUCAAGAGAAAUGGGAUUUUUGCGUCUCUGGUGCUUCACUUAAAAUUUUGCUGGUGCUAAGUGCGUUCCUGCUGGUGCUGCUGUGGUAUUUUGUUGACACCUGGAAGAGCAGGGGACAAGAGAGAUUUCUAUUUUGCUGUUUCGGAUUUUUUUUUUAAGGGACAAGUUGCAAAAGUGCCACUUGAGAGUCUUUUCUCUUUCUCUAUGUGGGGACGAAUAUCCAGAGGUGGUUUGGAGCAAACCUUGGGGUCUAGGAGGGAGGAUGGUGUUGAGAGGCUUGCUCGUUAUGAGGCAGAAAGCUGACCUCAUGCAUGACUUGGUUGCUGUCUCCUCCACCCCCAGAAAAGUGUCCUCGGAGUUCAGCCCACAGCCUCCUCCACUCCCCAAGGGGGUUUCAGGGCUUAGGUUUUAUGGAUUAAAGAGCCAAGAAAUGGCUACAUUCUGGUCAAAGAUGAUUUAUAACCAGGGGACGUUGGGGGAGGAAACAGGCCAUUGAAAUGAAAUGCACCAGCAUCUCACUGAUUGACAGAGGUCUGAUUUUUCCCCCCAAGGAUAAGCUACUAUUUUCAGAAGUUUCUAGAAGGGCUAAAAAAAAAAAAAAAAAGAUGUGUGUUGGACAGAGACUUGGCUGUAAAGACUCUUCAGGGAGCAGUGAUUAUUUUUUGCUUUCAUUUAAAAAAAAUCCAACAUAAGCAGGUAUUCUUCCUCUGUGCAAGAUACCAUACACUGCCAUUUUCAAAGCGGAGGUGGCAAGAUGUCAGGCUGCAGAUUCGGACAGUCAUUCUCCAAGGCUGGAUUUGCAGGUCACCACCUGGUACCUACAGACAGAGGGUCCAGCAGGCUGGUUAACAGACACCUCUCCAGUUCUAAGAAGCCAGCAGUGGGAUCCACGUUUGUUACAGUGGAUGCAGCUGAAAUGGGAAUCAUCCCCCCAUACGCUUUGCUUUAAAUGACCAGGUCCUUUAGAAUGUACAACCUGUUAGUGCUGCUGCAAGCUGGCAGCUGGAUUUCUUUCUGUCUUCUUUUAAAAAUCCAUUCCUUAUGUUUUCCUAAAUGGCCCUUUAAAAAGAAAUGCAACCCUAGGGCUGCUGAAUGCAAGGGAAGGCUCCCACCCCACAGCUUUGCACUCAGCAAAGCAAAAAAAGAACCCUUAUUUUGGGGGGAACGUGUUUCUCCUCAUCACUCGUGCCCUCCCCCUAGUUGAUGUUUGUAGGGGACCCUGGCUUAGGUGGGGGCUGCAGAGAGCAGCGGGCAAUAUUCCCACCAAGCCACAAACUGAGAGAAGGCAAAUUCAUUAGAAUAAUAUAGUCUCUGCUUGUAUUUCAUCACUUUCUUAGCCAGAGACUAGGGUCUUUCCAGCUCACCCCAUUUUCUGGGAAGGGGUUUUAAUGACUACACAGUUGUAUCCAGUCACAGUUCUCUGCUCCUUUAAGGCUGUACAUUCACGAUCAUGGUGGGGGCAUGCCGACCACCUAGACACAGGAGAAGAUGAAAGGUGAGAGGAUCCCUUUUUCAACCCCGACUUGCUUACUGGCUUUUGAUGUUUUCCUCUGGAGGAUCCAAACUCUGAACGCUGGGGUUGGCAUUUUGGGUGAUUUUGAUUUCAAUGAAGCCACUUUGCUGAGAGAACCGGGGCACCCAUUACCUCCUAAUAGAGCUUCCCAGCCAAGCCCCUUGUAGACAUUCUCCUGUUUUAUUAGAGACCAUGUGUUUAUUGAAUCCUGGCCUUUCCUUGCACAUCAUUCAUUGGAGUGCACUUCUUGACCGCCCCGAUUUUUGACAAGGGGUUGUUUUUAAUGCUUGUUUUUAUAUGAGAUUUGACUUCUUGAUGGACAUUUGUAUUAGGAAAUUGAAGCAUGAUAUAUAUGUAUAUAUUGUCUCCACCGUCUCUCCUGUUGCAUUACUUGGAUUGCAUGAGAUAGUGGGGUGGUUCUUGUUUUUUACAAAAUAUUUCCACAGUGUGCAAAGUGCUGGCAACAUCCCUCCCUCUCCCCCACCCCCCACUUUUCUCUGGCUGCCAAGGAGUCAUUGAUUUUGAUUAGCUUCACUGCAGCGCGUCUGUGAAGAGAGAGAGAGAGAGAGAGAGAGAAAGGGAGUGAGGGAGGCUUUGAAAUAAAUUUUAAAAAAGACCUCAUAUCGGGUUUCAGCAGACAGCAGUGUGUGCGUGUGUGUGUGCGUGUGUGUGUGUGUGUAUAUGUGUCAGUACAAGCAGAGGGAGGCCUCUGAGAUCAUCGUUUAGGUAGCUUGCUGCAUAAUGAGAUAAAGAGACUUUUGCCUCUUCCUUUCUGAUGGUGCUGCUUGCUCUCAGAGUGGGGAGCCAGUAACCUCAGGGACUGGAGCCCCCAGGACUUCAACACUCUGAAUGAGAUCCAGUCCUUUUUGGAAGCUUCUCACCUCCACCCGAUCCCCCACAAACAGAUACAAUCUCUUCAGAUUUGGAGGUCCCUUUCCUAUUCUCUUUGUAAUUGGUGUAGCUUGAGUAGGAAGUUUCUCUGGGGAGUCCACUAGCCCCACUGGCUGCUGUCCAUGGUCCUAGGCCGUGCCCAUCUCCUAGAGCCCGUUUCCUUGUUUUGUUUUUAUUUUUUUUUAAACCACCUUCAUUUGGAUACUGGGGACUUCUUUUCCAUUUCUUCUUCUUCUCCUUUUUUUGAGACAGAGUCUCACUCUGUCGCCCAGGCUGGAGUGCAGUGGCACGAUCUCAGCUCACUGCUACUUUUGCCUCCCAGUUUCAAGCCAUUCUCCUGCCUCAGCCUCCCGAGUAGCUGGGAUUACAGGCACCCGCCACCAUGCCCAGCUAAUUUUUUGUAUUUUUAGUAGAGAUGGGGGGUUCACCAUAUUGGCCAGUCUGGUUUUUGAACUCCUGGCCUCAAGUGAUCCACCUGGCUUGGCUCCAAAGUGCUGGGAUUACAGGUGUGAGCCACUGUGCUCAGCCUCCACUUCUUAUUUUGAUUCUUGUCUGUUUUGAUGGUGAGGGGAAAGGAUGAUUUAAACAAUACUGUCACACAAAAAUGAAACUGUGACUGGUUUUCACAAUGUAUGUAGCUGAUCUCCUGUUCUAUUACGUUUCUGACAGCAAUACAAUAUCACUCUGCCUUGCUGGGGCAUUAGAGGAGUCCUCACCCACCCACCUCCUACACAAGUAUCUUUUAGAGACACUGGCUCACCAUUGUGGACUUUUUGAGUGUCCACCUGGUAUUACAAGUUGCAUUGACCGGAACACAAAUUUUGUGGUUCUGUGUCAAUAUCCAUUUCUUUUCUGAAGGUCAGAAGUUGGUCAGGGUUUGUGGGGCCGACUAGACACUCUGCUUAGUCCCAUAGGAGCUGACUGGAAGUUCUGUAAGGGGAGGAAAUUGAUGUCAAAAUGUCAUUUUUAAAGCUUAAGCUGUAAAUUUAUUUUUCAAAUUUUCAUUCAUUCAUUCACUUAGCAUCUAUUUAUUGAGCAUCUACAAUGUGCCGGGUUGUAGAAUUCCAUUGCAGAAGAGACUUGACUUAUGGAUGGUGGAGGGGCAGUCCUGCUUGGGAACAGAUGACAUGAAAUAUCCCUUUCCAGUCUGGUUCACAAUGUUUAACAGAUUUGUCAGGUCACCACUGUGACCCCAAGCCUUGCUGGCAGAUUGUUACAUAGUAUUUACUGAGAUCCCUGCUAUCUGGUAAAGGCAGUUAAAAAGCCUGCAAUCUCAUUUCCAGCAUGAACAGACUGGUCCUUGCUGCUUUACACGAUAAUCAAAGCUACCUUUCAUGUGUGCUUGCCACUCCCAAGCACAGGGUGACGUGCUUUACCCAUCUUCCCCUCUGCGAUGCCGCACGCCCACUUUAGCAUAUAGUAUUGUUAUCAUUCCCAUUUUACAGUGGAGGAAGCUGAGGCUCAGAGAGGUUAAGCAGCUUAGCUGAAGGCCACACCACCAGCAAAGUACCUGAGUCAAGAUUUGGACUCGAGUCCAUGGGACCCCCAAGCUCACGAGCUGACUGCUCUGCUCCACUAGAUUCCUUCAUGAGGUCAUUCAACGGCACUGCUAAAUGGAGGGCGAGCACCAGCACCUGGCCCUGCUGAGAGCCGGGAGCCUGACUUAGGUCUACUGGAAAAAGUGUCACCUCCGGGGACACUCAAGGGCAGGCUGGUUGGUUUAGUUGUGGAUUUUAUGUACUCCUGCCUUACCCCUGUGCUCCUGGUUUCUAUAAGGUUCCGGGGAGGUGCAUGGAAUUUGCAAAUAGGGCCUGUGUGACUUAUUUUCUAGGACAUGAGAAGCUUUUCUUACCUCCUUCCUACCCUCUUUUCCAACCUGAACUCCCGAGUUCCUUCUCCCCAAGGUCUUUUGCACUAUAAGCGCCAAGGAGCCUGUGCAUGUAGCAGGGACGGCUGGAGGGGUAUCUGGAGAACUUUGGUGGGGCCUCUGGCCUAGCCAGAGAGGCGGUAAGCUUGGGGACGUUCCGUUCUGGGUUCUGACAUUGCUGGUUCUGACGCUGUCGUGCCCUUUUGUAAGAGGAAUUUCAUACCUUGGAGACGCUUUGUACAUAUUUGUAAUGACUUUAUUAAAAAAUUGGUUGUGCACUUCUA